AAGGAGUUUGCAUAAACCCUUAACCGUGGCGAUCGAGAGGACCUAACUGUAGAAGUUCGACAGCUCGUUGAAACGAGGAAUGGGGCAAACCUCGGUUUCCAGUUUGUCUCAAAACGUCAGCGUGGACGGACUGGAGAAGGAUUCAGUGGCGAUCUCAGGCGUGGUGCCAGUAGGCGUGCCAACACCUCCUCCAAAACAGAAGGGUUCGCUUUCCUCGCUGGGCAGGAUCUUCAAACCCUGGAAAUGGCGCAGGAAGAAAACCAGCGACAAGAAGUUCCAGACCCUCUCCAAAGAUUCCGAAGAGCUGCUGGACUCUGCAACAUCACAUGAGAACAGAGGACCUGCAAGAAUCCAGAAGGCAGUGGAGGAGGUGAAAGUGGAGGUGGAGGUACCAGACAGCGAGGGGGGCCCAAAGGCAGAUUGGUGUGGAACCAGGAGCGCUGAAGCAGCCAAAUCUUCUACUUACAAGAAAUCAGAGGGUGCCUCUAGGAAUACAUCUUCAUCACCCUCACCAAGCCACACGAAGGACUCUCAGGAAGGUGGCACGGACGUUCCUGGAGCACAGAGGGAUCCCCCCAGCUCCUCUGGCCUCUUUGGGGUCACCCCUGAGGACGGCUCAGACCUCGGCAUGAAGGAGGCUGGACCAAAUCAGGUGAAUCCUCUGCUGGGGUACCUUUCAGCGCCUGGAGGAGACUUCCAAAUCGGCCCAGAAGCUCCAUCUGAGUCAGGAGAGAAGCCACCCACCAGUAACUUGAUUACAGAGGACACCUUCUUCAUGGGGUCACAGAGUGAAAUCUUCUCAGGCUGCCCCCAAGAAACCCUGAGCAGCCUUGGCUAUGGAGAGCAAGACCUGCAGAACUUGGGAAUAGCAGACACCUUUAUUGAGAGCCCCCUGUGGCCUGGAGGGCAGCCGCGGGCGCUCAUCCCAGUCCACCCGCAGGUGACUGUUAUCGCCAACGGCAACGGAGACAGCCAAGCUGACGAUUCAGACUCAGACGGGCCCGUGCUCUACAGGGAUGAAGAGGAGGAAGAUGAUGAUGAUGAUGACGAGCACACCUCCAGUUCCCUGGCCAGCAGGAUCCAGCGGCGGGACACUCUGGCCAUCAAGCUGGGAAACCGGCCGAGCAAGAGGGAGCUGGAGGAGAGGAACAUCCUCCCCUGUGCCUCCCACACCGAGAGGCAGGAGGUGCGCUGCAAGCUGCAAAGGCGACUGAGCCAAAGGCCAACCACAGAGGAACUUGAGCAGAGAAACAUCCUGAAACAGAAGAAUGAAGAAGAAGCACAUGAGGCCAAACAGGAGAUUAAAAGAAGACUUUCUCGAAAGCUGAGCCUCAGACCCACGGUAGCGGAGCUGGUGGCCCGGCGCAUCCUGCGCUUUAACGAGUACGUGGAGGUCACUGAAGCUAAGGACUACGAUCGCCGUGCCGACAAACCCUGGACCAGGCUGACCCCUGCCGACAAAGCUGCUAUCCGUAAGGAGCUCAACGACUUCAAGCGCAACGAGAUGGAUGUACAUGAGGAGAGCAGGCAGUUCACGAGGUUCCAUCGUCCCUGACCUCUGUGCUUUUCUGGGGAAUGGGACAUUUCCCUUCGUGUCACCCCCUGCCGUGGGAGAGUCAGAUGAUCUGGACCAUGAACUAAAACUCUCUGUAACCAGGCGGGGCAGGUCAUCUCUAGCUGCAGAGGGGUGUGAUUGGAGUCAGGGCCAGUUUGACUUUAAAUACAGAGGGGUUUGGCUAAGGGUGGGUCUUUCUGUCUCUAACUGCAGAAGUGUGUGGCUAAAGGCAGGGCUCAUCUGUCUCUAGCUGCAGAGGGGUGUGGCCGUGUGCACAGAUGAGCCUGUGGUUGCAGAGGCCGGAGAGAGAGACGGGUACAGAGGAAAGAUGAAGGAGCCGGUCCCGGAUGUGAUCACACACAACUGAGGACCUGGCUAUGUUUUUUUUAUCUUAGGGUUACUGUGGCCCCUGUUUUGGUCGAUAAUGUGGUGACCUUUGUACUGUCCUUAAACACACCACACACUGCACACAUACACCACACAAUACAUACUGCGCGCACGCACACA